AUGUCGACUGAAACCAAGCCUGAGCGCCGUCGUCAUACCCGUUGGGGCAGGAUCGACAAUGGAAAAUCUCUGAUAAUCCACAACUCCACAAAAUCGUUUCUUGGGGAGCUAAAAAUGCUGGCAAGCAGGGCCUAUAACUACUCCGACGAUGAUCUCGGAUCGCGUUGGGGGACUGAGGAAGAUAAACCCUUUUUGCCGCCACCAUACGUCGAUCUUCCGCCCGGGCUGACGCCAUCGCAAAUCGACCAGUUUCUGAGGGAGCAGAGGCACGACGAACUCGCCAGAAAGAUAACCUCAGGCGAGCUGGAGUACGUGGAUCCUGAGAUUAGGCCGCCUUCGCCCCCCCCUGUGUACGAUAAAAACGGGAGCAGGGUCAACACGCGCGACGUCAGGGUCAAAAACUCAAUGAACGAGGAGUACAACAGACUCGUUGAGUACCUUCUGAAGAACCUGCCCGGGUUCGUGGCUUCCGCGGAUUACAAGCCGCUCAAGAAGGUCAGGAAGAUCAUCAUUCCAAUGGACAAGUAUCCGGACUACAACUUCAUGGGACUUGUCAUUGGGCCCAGAGGGUGCAAUCACAAGCGUCUCGAGGCUGAGAGCGGAGCUCAGAUAUCCCUGAGGGGCAGGGGCACCGUCAAGGAUGGGAAGAACCGCGACCACCAGACCGAGGAGGACGCAGCCAUGCCGAUGCACGUGCACAUCAGCGCAGACAAGGAGGAGUGUGUGCAGCGCGCAGUUGAGCUCAUAGAGCCCCUUCUUGACCCGUUCCACCCGAAGCACGAGGAGUUCAAGAGGAUCGGCCUCGAACAGCUUGCACUAGUCAACGGUGUGGCCUUGGGUGUCGUCGACAUCGGACGCUGCAGUAUAUGCGGCGGCAGUGGCCACAGGGCCCACGAGUGCCAGGAUAUGCCAAUUCAAAACAUACCUAGAGUUGAAGUGAAAUGCGCUUUGUGUGGUGACAUGGGACACAUCACCAGUGAUUGUAAAUUGGCAAAGGGCAUUAACGUGUCACAUUUGGUCGCUCAACAGUACCAGGAUCCCAGUAGACCCGUGAAGGAGGUUAAGGCAGUCCAACCCGCUCCAACCGACCCUGAAUCUGUUCAGAAGUUACAGCAGUAUCAGAUGGCCUAUUACCAGCAGCAGUACCAGACCUUACAGUAUCAGCAGUACUACAACCAGAUGCAGCAGUACUACUAUCAGCAACAGCAGGCACAGGCUCAGGCUCAGGCGCAAUCUCAAGCACAGGCCCAAUUGCAGGCUCAGACCCAGUAUCAGUAUCAAUACCAGGCCCCUCAGUACGUGCAGCCUCAGGAGCCAGCUGACGAUCCUGUGCAGCCGCCUCCACCUGAUGAUGACGGCGUGAUGCCGCCAUCUUGA